UCUCUCUCUCUCUCUCUCUCUCUCUCUCUCUCUCUCUCUCUCUCUCUCUCUCUCUGUGUGUGUGUGUGUGUGUGUGUGUGUGUGUGUGUGUGUAGUUGUGCCUUGUCACUGCUUUCAAGCCACUGUACAAAUGGGCUAUUUUGCUCUUCUCAGGGUCACUUUGUCAACCUUCUUUUCUUUUCCUUUUCCCAAAAAGUCCAGGUUGUUGUAGAGGGGUUGGAUGCCGGACAUAUAACAGUCAGCUUCGGUAGUUGGCCAUUUGGUUAUCCAGAUGCUCUGUAGAGGUCCCUAUUCCUUAUGAGACUCCCUCUCCACCUUCCGUUAUCACUGAUUUUCAUCGUCCUUUGUCUUUAAUUUACAAAUGGGCUAAUUUGAUUUUCUCAGGUCCUUUGUUAACUUGCAUCCUCCCCUACCUGAAGUCACAGUGUCCUCGCUUCUUUCCUUCUGCCUUUGGCAGGUUGGCCUCCUCUCUGCCCUUCUCUGUCCGGCCUUUCGCGCCUGCACCGUCCAUUACCCCCAGGCUGUUUUUCUUAGCGUCUCAGGCGUGACUAUAUCCGCUACCCUUUGGGCUCCUCUGCCCUGUGCUCCUCCACCACCUCUGCGGCCCAAGUUUGUUGUCCGUCCCGUUCUUGCAGUACCACUCAUGUUAGGGAUCUCUGCCCUGUCUUAAACAACCAGUGCCGGGACCCUUCUGCCGCAACCUUGCCCGCCGCGUACGCAGACGCCGUGUUUUCGACGUACUGACCCACCUGUGGCUGGGUCGAUACGAGCGGAGCUUCGUUUGGUUCGAUGAAAUCUUCUGUGCAGCAAGUUACCUGGACUUGUGGUUUAACAAUGAAGUUAAGGGGUAGGUGGUUGGCCAAGGAUGAUUGAAAAGACGAUGGAUAUCUGGUGCUAACGAGUGUGCAAAAGGUGACAGAUCUCUCUUCUGAGUUUUUAUUCCUUGAGCUUGGGACACAACAGCUCCACCGUUUCACGACUCGAUUGCUUGAACCUUUGGGCUUGAGGUGUUUAAAAAAGUGCCAUGGUGUAUUGUUUGUUUGUUAACUUUGUUUGUUUGUUUGACAAUGUUUGUUUUUUGUUUUUCUUGUGAGGUCACUGAGGUGUAUCGUGUCGACUGCUGUGGCAAGUUAUAUGCCGUCACGACUCGUCAGUGAUCUCUCUUCGCAUCAGUGCGAUUAUAUACUGGAAGAACUCCUGCAGAUUUAUUAUCCUUUUUUUUUUUUUUUUUUUUUUUUGGGAGUUUCUGAAUUUUGAAGUCGUGUUAUGGCGGUCUAGGAAUUUCUGUAUGUUCCAUUGUUAUUAUUGUUCUCUCUCCCCCCCAAAAAAAGAGGAGGAUUAUAAGUCUUGAUUCUUGAAUCUCUUGAUGCUUGAAGCAUUCCACCUGUUUUUAUGAGGUUCACAUGUUGCCAGCCAGGCAGGUGGUGGCAGGAAUACACGUUCGAUUCUCUGAGCCGCCCGCCAAUUUUGCCCCUUCUGUGCUGUGGCCCUUCGAAACCACCAGUAUGUAAUAAACCUUUGUCCAUAUAAAUGCCCAAACGCGAGCAAGGGUCGUCACUCUUGGUCAAAGGCCAGAAACCGGGGUCAAAAGUCACUUCCCAAGCCUGAGAUAUGUCUGAGAAAGUCCUAGGGUCAAGGGUCACCAGGGUCUGAGUCAAAAGCUGUGUCAAGUACCCCAAGUCCAUCAGUGGGACAGGGGACUGUAUGCGUAUUGUUUGAUUGUUCUACCCCUGCUCCCACUCUCCCUACCCUCCUCGUAUUCUGUGACCACCGGGACCUCUCAAGUACCGCAUCAGUACACACUGAUGUCGAUGGAACAGGAUACUGGGGCACUGCCACGGCACUGUGCCAGGCUCGCAGUUCGUGCUCGACCUACGGUACCUCCACGAACCAAGGCUCAGCAACAGAGACUCAGCAGGCGGACGACUCCAGCGGCAUCGAGUACAACAUUGAUGGUACCGGACACCACCGGAGUUCUUCCUGCUUGCCCGGUCCGAAGGGCCAGUGAGCCGUUGGCUGACUAUUUUGGGCGGCUACAGGUAUUUACAGAUACCGUAGCUGCCGCCAAGGCUCAGCAGGAGGCAGCAGAGGCAGAACGUCAGCGGCUGGCCAAUGAGGCGGCAGCCCAAACUCAGCAGACUGUUGAGGCUGACGCAGCGGCACGAGACCAACAGAAUGCCGCCAGUACGGAGUCCCUGAUUCAUAGUGAAAGUCAGUGGACAACGUUCCUCCAAGGCAUGAUCUUUGUGCCUUCGGACGCGCAGGCAGAUCCGACACCGGCGGAGGCAGAGAGGACUCACCUGGCUAACUUGAUGCUGGGCAUGAUGAGAGGCAUCAUGUGGAAUAACACACUGCUGCAGGCACAUCUGCGCACGGAACGACAGCAACGACAAAAGUACCAGCAAGACAUUGCUUAUCGCGAGGUUGCUGGAGUUUAUGCUGGCGAGGGCACCAGCAUCAGGGGAGAUUAUGUUGGAACGUCCAUUGCCGCCAUAGCUAUGUUGAGGUUGGGCGAGGAAGAGGAGGAGGAUCCAUACUGUGAGACUGGAGAGGGUUUGAGGGGAAGCUUACCGGAACUUACCUGGCGACGUCGUGUGCGAUCUGCUGCUCGUCUCCACGAAGAUGAGGAAGAUCUGCCAUCCUCCCUGAUUGGAUGCGGAGUGGACGGAGGAUGGCCGCCCUGCUGUGACCUGCACACCGAAACUGUUAGAGAACGUCAGAGGAUGGCCGCCAGAGGAAGGGGCUUCAAUGAAUGUAGUGGGGAGAAGAGACGAAGAGGAGGAGGAGGAGAAGAGUCCCAGCAAUAAUCAAUAAUGCAUGAAGCCGCUUCAUGCAUGCAUUAUUGAUUAUUGCUGGGACUCUCCUCCUUCUCCUCCUCUUUGUCUCUUCUCCCCACUACAUCAUUCUCUUCUUUGAAGUUAGGAUGCUCUUGGAAAGUGCACAUACGCUGAGGAUGGUUCAUAAAUCUAUUUUGGAGACAUUAUUGCCACCGCUGGGUUCACACUUGUAUUGUAUCACGACACUGCGUGGCUUCUCAUGA